GAUCACCUCAGGCGGACGCAAUCGAUUCGAUCUCCUCUUGAGCCUUGAGUUCGGAUUUCUGCUGUCGAUUCGACCAGGCGGGCUUGUAUAGGCGACCAAUAUCUCGUUCUUAGGGUUUCAAAGAGGGCGAUCCUCUCUUGAGGACUCGAGAUGCAGAAGCUCGGAUUUUCUGGCAUGAAGAGCUUGGAUCAUCUCAGAUCCGUCCAUGGAUCUCUUGCUGGAGCUGCGAAAACCUCUCAGAUCUCAAAUUCCCGGCUGUCCUCGGAUUCCAUCUCGCAUGGGAGCUUUGCCAAUCUAAAGCUCACCGCAGAGAGGUUGGUUAAAGAACAAGCUUCGGUGAAAACCGAUCUUGAAAUGGCGCACACAAGGCUAAAAAGAGCAACAGAGCAGAUACAUGUGCUAGAGGCCAAACUACAGCAAGCAGUCAAUGAAAAUGCAAAGCUUAAAGUAAAGCAAACAGAAGAUACAAAGCUCUGGAAGGGAUUAGAUUCAAAAUUUUCUUCAACCAAGAUGCUGUGUGAUCAGUUAACUGAAACAUUGCAGCACUUAACUUGUCAGACUCAUGCAGCUGAGGAAAAUAAGAACUUCUUUGAAGAAAAGCUUGCACACAGUUCAAAAGCUUUUGAUGAUUUGAACUGUCUUCAAAAUGAUUUGUCUGUGAAGUUAGAGUGUGCAGGCAACACAAUAAAUGCUGGGAAACAAGAGAUAUUGGAACUCAGGAGGGAGAAAGAAGAAAUGGAGAAAUAUUUCAGGGAUGAGCGCUCUGCAACUGAUAAUGUCAUAAAGGAAAAAGAUGCGGCUAUGAAACAGUUAGAAGAGAUUGUUGAAGAGAAAAAGGCACAUUUGGAGACUCUGGAAUCCCAUAUGCAAGAAAUGCAACAUGAAUUCAGUUUAAAAGAAGAUUCCUCCAAAUGCUUGAGAGCCACCCUAAGCAACCUGGAAGAUGAAAGAAAUGCUCUGCAACUUAGCAAUCAGAAUUUUGCGCAGAAAAUAGACAAAUCAUGCCAAGAGUUUAAGGAACUUGAAAUGCUGCUUAAUCACUUAGUGAUCCAACUAGUUGAAUCGAACAAAGACAGUGCAACCAUAUCAGAUCAGGUUUCUAGGCUAUUCUUGUCAUUUGGAGCUUACGACGAGUUGCUUCAGCAGGAGAAAUGUUUAGCUAUAAAGUCUGCUCAGGGAAAAUAUGAGCAACUCCAUGGACAAUUUAUGCAUACCAGAUCAGAAAAUGAUGCCUUCAAAAUGGAAAUUGAAGAGCUAAAGAAUAAAAUUAUGGAGCUGCAGAAAGCUCAAGAAUUUGCUAUGGGAAAGAUUGCCUUAAAGCUGCAUGCAUACCUCAAAAGCUUGUUUGGGAAUUCUAUUAAUCGGAGCCUACUUCCUGGCCAUGCUUCUGUCGUUCUCACUGCUCUUUCGGAAGCCUUUUAUUGUGAUGAAAUCAGAAAUUCAAUGGCACCAAGAGCAGCUUGUUUCUCACUCUCUCCUUCUUUCGAAGAUACUGGUGCUUGA